CAGAAAGGGAAGAAGAACAGCUCGUAGUUUUGGAAAGGAUGUUUAGAAGCGUGAAUACUCAAAUUAUUCUGCGUUAGGUUGUGUCUGCAAGCUACCUGUGCAUAGUAGCGUCACUGCGCUAAGUAAGACCUCACCUGCUAACCUGCAUAACGUCUUAUAUUUAUGUAACGUAGUGAAAUCUGGCACUGCUCAUUAAGCAAAAGAACAAAUGGGGCCGCUGUCAUUGCUUUGGUGGGUUACACCGGCCUGGCAGCCCUGGUGAAGGCCACAGUUGAAGGAGACCAGCCCUAAACGUCACAUCUUCUUCUACAGGCCUACAGCCUACUACAAAUACAGGACUACACCAAUGCAACAAUGAAAGGUGGACCUCAGAAAACAAGAAAAGGGAGACCGAAAAGGACGCCAACGAAGAAAGUCGCCUCAGAACAUGUUUCACCUCAAGCUACAGACAAGUCGAACUCCGUGCCUGCGAGUGCCUUACCACAGACACCCAAAAGAAGAAGAGGUCAAAGGGGACAGUCUCCAGCAGCCUGCUUGACCUCCACACCAGUCCACAGCUCCCCCAAUGACAUACUGUCUGACAUCUCCAAGUCCCCCUCAGGAGCCAAACAAGUGGAGCUGGAAUACACUAAACUCUGCACUCAGUUAGAGCAGACAUCAGAGAUAAAUUCACCACACUGCAGAUCAAAGCCUAAGGGCAGACUUAGGGGGGAUAAUGCCUCCCAGCCUAUGCAAACCAGAAAAAGGGCGACAUUGAAGCAGAGUGGCAGUGACUCCAAUGGUUUACCAGCCAAGCGCCAGCGUGGGAGGACGCGGAAGUGCAAAGCAGGGAAUUUGCAGAAGGGUAGUGCCACUAAAUCAUCUGAUCACUCAAGACCAAGAUUUGAGCUGGAGAAGUUCGAUGCAGCAGAGAAAGAAGACGAGUCUUUGCUGUCUUCAGAUCUAUCAAUAGAGCUGAGUCACCAUGAGCCUCAGCUGUUGUCUUUGUCAGUCCAAGAAGAUCAAGAAAGUGAGGAGGAGGAGCUACCGAGUUUCUUGAUGCAGGGGGACAAAAAGCCUCCAUCUAUAACAGAAGGAGUGUUUGUGUGGCACAAAUUGAGAAAUUAUCCUUUCUGGCCUGCGUUGGUAAAAAGCGUGAACCGUAAGCAGCAAAAAGCCAGCAUUAUUUUCAUUGACAUCCCAUUGAUUUACAAAAAUAAGGGGUUUACAGUAUCUCUGAAAACCCUGAAGCCUUUUGAUUGUAAAGAAGCCGAUGAGCUGACAUGUAAAGCCAAAGAAAAGUAUGAUACUGUGAUUGAGUGGUCCCUGGAACUCAUAACGGACUACAGAAUACGGAUUGCAUGUGGCUCAUUUUCUGGCUCCUUCAUUGAGUACUUUGCCCACGAUAUGAGCUAUCCUGUGAGGAGGAAGUACCCGCAGGCUGCCUCAGAGAGAUUAACCAUCGCCAGUGAUCCAAUGUUCGAGGCGCAAUGUGAUGAUGAUAAGGAGGACAGCUUUCAUGAACAGCAGGAGAAGGUCAUCCGGAGUUCCAAGAGGCUGCUGCCAGACCGGAGUCUUGCCGCCCACAACCGUGCUAAUGAGAAGCUUGUACAUUUCAUCGUGAAUCAGCGCAUGGUGGAAGAACGGCUUCUGGCUGUUAUCCGUGGGCAGCAGCAGUCUAGAUGGCUUCGCUCCUUUUUAAAUGCUAGUGGUAAACGAGUUGUGAACAUAUACCUGGAAGACGACAAGCAGCUAGACCAAGUCUACAUGUACCUGAAUGAGUUCUACACAACUGCUGUGUCCACUGACCCUUGUCUGGCUGAGGUGAAAUCCAUGGAGCGUAUCCCCUUUGUCCUGGAUGUGCUUCUUCCUGAGGCCAUCAUUUAUGCCAUAGCUGGGGUGGACAAUGUCUCAGUGAAAAAGGCAGAGGAAAAGUACCUUAGAGGACGCCGUGUAAGCAACAGAGAAAGACAAGAGUUUGACCGAAUGAUUGAUCGGCAGAUGCAGAAGAAAUCCCAAAAUCAGAAUAAUCCUCCUGCGUUACUUUCUGACGUCACUGGUUAGACGAGUUUAAUAAGGAGAAUAUUGGUAAAUAAAGGGAACUAUUUUUGUAUUUAAGUAUUUGAUGUUUUGUUUUUCAUAAACAAUCAUUGUGAGUGAGAAUGUAUAUGGCCUGUCUGGCACAGCCUUGAGCCUUGUCCUCAUCGGAUACCAAAGAAUGUGCUACCAUACCACCAACCUGCUGGGAAGCAUCCUGUCUCUUCAACUGCUUACUGCAGCACCAUCACAAAUGGUCAGACCCAUUGCUCCUUUCAUCAAUGCUUCACUUCAUGCUCCACAGGCUACCUCUGUUAUGGUUUUUGUCUUCUGCAUUACGAUAACAUAAUUAAGCACUGAGUCUUAGGGGGAAGUCUGCAUAUUGCCUAUUUAGUUGCAGCCCCUUGUGCAGGCAUUAUUAUGUGUUCUCUUCACUACAAAGGUUAUUUUUUUCACAGCUGAAGUGUGUUAGGUUCUGCCAUUGUAUAGUCUACCUUGACCACUAAUAGGCAGCUAAAUUGUUUCUUUCUUGGUGUUAACAUAUCAUGUAUACAGUGUCUCUGGUGACUUCACUGAUGCUCCAUAUUUUACUUGAGCCUUAAUUUCUCCCUUUUUUUCCUUUUAAUUUUGUACCAUAUUACCCUAAUAUUUGAUUGAUCAUGACAACUUGUUUAAAAAAGCAAUUACACUUGUGAACAACCUGGCAUAACCAUUAAUGGUUAAUGAAAUCAUAUUAAAGUUCAAAAGUCUUGUCAUA